UAUGCGGCCGUUCAAACCAUUGUGUGUGAAUAUUUACUACCUGCAUGUGAACGCCUGUUUCUGUACCUGAGCGUGUUGGUAAAUUAUAAUCAUUGGACGGAACGGUAUGGAGACUUGUUGGAUAAGAAAUUGGCCGAAGAAAGUAUAUCCCAAAUCAGCUACUACAUGAGCCGAUUGCAUAAAUUCCUUUCCGCGGUGCUUCGACAACAAAAAAUGUUCCAUGAAACGAUGCUGUGGUUUUUGUCAGUUAUUCAACGGUUCUCCAAUAGUCCCGAUACUCAACCAUCGGCAGACACUCCCGUGAUCACCGAUCAUCCUCGUUAUGCUGUCGAGUAUCUGAAAACAUGCUUCACCAAAGAUAGCUUGAACCACUUUAUUCAAACAGAAACCAUUCCGGAGGGUGAAGAAAGGUCGAUACCCACGCUGCGUAGUAUGCUACAGACGUCGACGGAUACCUGUCAUGGAUUGUUACAUCAGCCAUCACGAGUGAUAUCAGAGAAUACAAAAGUAUCACAACAAUGGGUGCUUUUCUCAAGUAAAGACGGGAUAUCCAUUACACAUUGCAAGCUUGGCCGUCUUAUGGCAUCCCAUAUUGUGCAAACGCUGAAGGCUAUUGCUACUAUGCGUUAUUGCAAUCGGAAGAAAAUGAAAGACAGACAGUUCUUCUUUUGCGAAAUGUUAUCACGAAGCAUACGGUACCACACGUCGAUUAUUGUCGCUUGGAUCUUGGUCACGCAGCCAUUACGGAUAUGGAAUUCUUUGACGACACCGAUCUUGGCGUGGUGAUACAGUCCACGAAUUACGAAGGAGAGAUCGAGUGUGUAUUGGG